CGCAACUUCUGCAUGCAAUUGAUCUUCCAACUAUCAAUCACUCGUCUUCGGAGUACUCUGACUAUAAAGCUGCUACCAAUCCUCUUAAUACCUUAGUCGAUUGUUACCUUCUUAAUACUCUGUCGACUGCUACUGUACUACCAUAUACCUCUCCCCCUCUUCUAUUCUUUUGAGACUUUACCCCCCGCUACAAACACAAUGCCCCUCGUUAACACAACAGAGUUCAGUGAGGACACUCGUGUCCUCGGAUACGAUCCUUUGCUAUCCCCUCAGUACCUUCAGUCCGAGAUCCCAGCUCCUGCAGAAGCAACUGCCACUGUUCGCUCGGGCCGUAACCAAGCCGUUGAGAUUAUCGAGCAGCGCGAUGACCGUCUUCUGGUGAUGGUCGGCCCCUGCUCCAUCCAUGAUCCUGCCACCGCUCUGGAAUAUGCCACCUGUCUCAAGGAGCUCGCUGGGAAGCUCUCGUCCGACCUUUGCAUCAUCAUGCGCGCCUACCUGGAGAAGCCCCGCACCACAGUGGGAUGGAAGGGUCUGAUCAACGACCCGGAUAUUGACGAGUCCUACAACAUCAACAAGGGUCUGCGCAUCUCACGUAAGCUUUACGCCGAUCUGACCAGCAUGGGCAUGCCUAUUGCCAGCGAGAUGCUCGAUACCAUCUCUCCUCAGUACCUUGCGGAUCUCAUCUCACUCGGCGCUAUCGGUGCCCGUACAACCGAGUCCCAAUUGCACCGUGAGCUGGCCUCCGGUCUGAGUUUCCCCAUUGGCUACAAGAACGGCACUGACGGCAACCUUACCGUCGCCAUUGACGCUAUUGGUGCUGCCGCUCACCCCCACCGUUUCCUCGGUGUCACCAAGCAGGGUCUCGCGGCCAUCACCAAGACCUCAGGUAACGAGCACGGUUUCGUGAUCAUGCGUGGAGGCAGCAAGGGUACCAACUACGACCGGGAGAGCAUCCGUCAGGCUCGUGAGGCCCUGCGCGGCAAGAAGCAGCGUGAGGUGCUCAUGGUCGACUGCUCCCACGGCAACUCCAACAAGAACCACCGUAACCAGCCCCUGGUCGCCAAGGAAGUCGCCGACCAGAUGCGCGAGGGCCAGGACGCUAUUGUUGGUGUCAUGAUCGAGUCCAACAUUCACGAGGGCAACCAGAAGGUCCCCGCCGAGGGCCCCAAGGGCCUCAAGAAGGGUGUCAGCAUCACGGAUGCUUGCAUUGACUGGGAGACCACCGUCACCGUGUUGGAGGAUCUCGCCGAUGCCGUCCGCGCUAGACGUGCCGCCAAGGCCUCCAGCGCUUGAUUCAAGUUGGGUUGAGUAGUG